GUAGAUUGUGUAGAAGUUGGAUGAAAUGUUCUGUAGACAUCAAGCCGUGAGGAAGCAAAAGUUGCUUCAACAGAGUAUCCAGUCUGCCCAAGAGAUUGAAAAAUCCUUGAACUUAAUUCAGGAGUCCCUUGAAUUCAUUGAUAAGCAGUUGGCUGCUUAUAUUGCUGACAAAGUGGACGCGGCUCAAAUGCCUCAGGAAGCCCAGAAGAUCCAAUCUGAUUUGACAAGUCAUGAGAUCAGUUUGGAAGAAAUGAAGAAACACAACGAGGGAAAGGAUGCUGCCCAGAGACUUCUAUCCCAAAUUGAUGCUACACAGAAAAAAUUGCAAGAUGUCUCCAUGAAAUUUCGAUUAUUCCAGAAACCAGCCAAUUUUGAGCAGCGUCUAGAGGAAAGUAAGAUGAUUUUAGAUGAAGUGAAGAUGCACUUGCCUUCUUUGGAAACAAAGAGUGUUGAACAGGAAGUAGUACAAUCACAGUUAAAUCAUUGUGUGAAUCUGUAUAAAAGUCUGAGUGAAGUGAAGUCUGAAGUGGAGAUGGUGAUAAAAACUGGACGUCAAAUUGUACAGAAAAAGCAGACGGAAAACCCCAAAGAACUUGAUGAAAGAGUAACAGCAUUGAAAUUGCAUUAUAAUGAAUUAGGUGCAAAGGUAACAGAAAGAAAGCAACAGUUGGAGAAAUGCUUGAAAUUGUCCCGUAAGAUGAGAAAGGAAAUGAAUGUCUUGACAGAAUGGCUGGCAGCUACAGAUAUGGAGUUGACAAAAAGAUCAGCAGUUGAAGGAAUGCCCAGUAAUUUAGAUUCUGAAGUGGCCUGGGGAAAGGCUACUCAGAAAGAGGUUGAAAAACAGAAGGUUCACUUGAAGAGUGUCACGGAGCUAGCGGAAGCCUUGAAAACUGUGUUGGGCAAGAAGGAGACCUUGGUGGAAGAUAAACUCAGUCUUCUGAAUAGUAAUUGGAUAGCUGUUACCUCCCGAGCAGAAGAAUGGUUAAACCUUUUGUUGGAAUACCAGAAACACAUGGAAACCUUUCACCAGAAUGUGGAUUACAUCACAAGGUGGAUCAUUGAAGCUGAUACACUUUUGGAUGAAUCUGAGAAAAAGAAAUCACAGCAAAAAGAAGACAUACUUAAGCAUUUAAAGGCUGAAAUGAAUGACAUACGCUCAAAGGUGGAUUCCACACGUGACCAAGCAGCAAACUUGAUGGCCAACCGUGGUGACCACUGCAGGAAAAUAGUAGAGCCCAAAAUCUCAGAACUCAACCAUCGAUUUGCAGCAAUUUCUCACAGAAUUAAGACUGGAAAGGCCUCCAUUCCUUUGAAGGAAUUGGAGCAGUUUAACUCAGAUAUACAAAAAUUGCUUGAACCACUGGAGGCUGAAAUUCAGCAGGGGUGAAUCUGAAAGAGGAAGACUUCAAUAAAGAUAUGAGUGAAGAUAAUGAGUGUACUGUUAAAGAAUUGUUGCAAAGAGGAGACAACUUACAACAAAGAAUCACAGAUGAAAGAAAGCGAGAGGAAAUAAAGAUAAAACAGCAGCUGUUACAGACAAACAUAAUGCUCUCAA